AUGCAGUUCUCCCAGCUUGCUGCCUUUGUUGCUGCUGCUGCCACCAUGGUCAGCGCCAACUCCAUCAAGUUCCUCAACCAGGACGGCACCCAGCGCACUGUUUACUUCACUCCCUCGGCUGGCCAGGCUUCCAUCGACAGCGUUACCAUCUCUGGCAACAGCGAGGCCACUGUCAACUUCCCCACUGGCUGGAUUGGUAACGCCCACGCUGUCGAGGAGGGCCGUCAGAACCCCGGCUUCGGCAUGCUCGCCGAGGUGGCUUUCGACGGCUGGAUGGGCAAGACCUACUUCGAUGUCUCUGCCAUCGUCGACGCCAACGACCACAGCAAUGUCAAGAUGAUGUAUCCUGCCGGCGACUCCAGCCUCACCUCUGGUUGCGAGUCCUUCCCUUGCAACAACGCCUACUACCUGCCCGAUGACGUCCAGACGAAGGUCACCGACGAGAAGGACCUCAUCACCACUCUCGGCAACUCCCCUAUUGCCGCCCGUGAGGCCCACGUCGAGGUUGUUGCCCGCAACUUUGUUCUCGGCAAGCUCUAA